GAGUCCCAGCAGUUGUCAUGGCAAUCACACUGGGAGCCACCUACAGUGUUGACAAUCCUCUGGGAUACAGGCAGGAGGAAUUCUGCUGGCUCGCAGCUCUGGAUAAGGCCAAACGGUUCGACUUUGGGAAGCCGAUGUUUUGGGGUUUCCUGCUUCCAGUUGGUCUGAUUCUGAUCUACAACAUCGUACUGCUGGUUCUGGCCUCUCUGAUCACGUGCAGGACAGACCCCAAUCUGAGAAGCAACAACCGUCGGUCCUUGUGGAAGAAGUUCCUCAUCAGCUUUUCUCUGUCGGUCUUACUGGGUCUGUCUUGGACUCUGGGGUACCUGGUGCUCGUCACUACAGGACACACCCACCUGGUCUUCAGCAUCGUCUUCUGCCUCUGUACAACAACACAGGGGUUUCAGAUCUUCAUCCUCUUCACGGCCAGAACACAGAGCUUCAGAGCCACCGUGUUGCGGUCUGUUCGGCACGUCUCGUAUGUCAACAAAAAGUACAGUCUGAAGAACUUAAAGAAGACGACCAGCUUUGAGUCGUUCAGAGACCUGAAAGAAAAGGACAGGUCCACCAUCAAAACCCUGUAGCAAGACAUUGCAAAACAGCUGCUUUGGUGCAAAUAUACUGCAUUUAUGUGAGGAAAUAUUUGGGUUUAUUAUUCGAAUGGGUUUGCUUUUCUAAAUGUAGGAAAGAAAAAAUGUUGUUAAAGCUCGGAUCUGUUUGUUAACGUGGGUCAUGGAGGACAUUAAAACACUGUAGAACACUUUGCUCCUUCUUAGAGUCAUAAGGCAGUACAAUCUGAACACACAUAUUUAUAGAUUCAGUGUGACUUUCAUGUUCUGAUAAAGAUAAAAAACUGAGAGAAAGAUGCUGCAGACCCUACCUGAGAAUCUUCAUGUUUUCAAGUUUACUUCAGUGCCACAGCGAUCCAGUGACAGUUGUCUGAACAUCCGUACUAACUGCUAACAGGAGUGGCUAACAGCUACUUCAGCUACUUUUAAUGGGGACUGUACAGCAGAACUCAGUAUAACAUAAUGCCUAGCAGGUGUCUGAUUUAAAUAUUCAAUUUGUUUUCAGCAUUUCUUUGUAGUUUUUUAAUGACUCCUCCUUCACUCCUGACAGGUUUUGUUGUAAAAAAGUAUAAUCUUCCUCAAAUGGCCUCAAAUAAGAAGAGUUUUAUUUCAAACUAAAGUGACUCGGCUUGUUUUGGCACCAGGCAGCGGCAGAAGUCUGUUUUUAACAAAGCGAAGGAACAAACACUUUCAUAUUUUAUUCU